UCCUCCUUCUCUAAACCUCUACUGCCAAAAGGAAAUGGAGUGUUAAGCCCCUGACAGACAGGCCGUUGCCCACAGGCUUUAAGAAGAACCUACCAUGUCAUUCCAACCACAGAGCACACAUCAGUUGGUGUCCAUUUCCCAGUCUGGGCCCCACAGUGAUCCUCAGGUACAAGAUGUAUGUUAUUGUGGACCUGCACUUUGUGGAAUUCUCCUGUCAAAUAAUCCACCAGACCUGCAAAAGAAGCGAUCAGAAAUGAUAUGUGAUCAUGGAAUGUGCAUACAUCAAAAUAAUAAAACAUGGGAAAUGAAGAAAAUGUUUGAAUCCUGUAGUAAGGAACACAUAUACAAGAGUAUGAUGGAGACUAUGAAGGCUACUUUAGAUGACUGUGGUAUAUAUGUGGAUGAAGAGCUAGGAUCUUAUUCAGCUGGAAGAGAUCUAAGAGAAGACAACAAGCCUUUCUUAUGCUUGUGGAAGAGAUAUGAAGUAGCACUUGAAAAAUGCACCUUCAAAUGGAGAGAUCUUCAUCUUUCAGGUGCUCUCAUAUGUGAAUUAAAGAAGUUGGAGUCACUUUGUACAGAAGAGAAGAAGAACAAACAGUGUAAGGCAAUACUGGAAAAGUACGGCUCUCAUAUCAGCACAAGCAACACAUUUGGAGGAAUUUACUGGCUUCGAGUAGAAAGUUCAGACUUCACUGAAGGGUCCAAAGAAACAAGAGAGCAGCUAAUAAGAAAAAUCACUGAAGUCCAACAUGACGUUCACUCAUUCACAGACAUAUCAGAAAUGAAAAGUCUGCUUCAGAGCGAGUAUGGAGAAAGUCACUUAGAAAAUACCUCAAUCUCCAUUCAGACAGUUGGAGGUCCAGCUGAUUGUUACACAUUUGAAAAAUGGAGAAGAGGGCUGUUGGAGGCAAAAGAUACAUGGAAGGUUAUUGAUCAUGGAGCUUUACAUCAGCUGGUACCAUUGUGGAAGAUUAUGAGUCUAAACCAUAAAGCAGAUUUUCAAAGUUGUGCCUCAGCAGCAAAUGUGAUCAAAACCUACUGGGAAACUGAAACUGGUUUGCUGGAUUUCAGCCAUGAAUUACAAAAUUUACUGGAGGCUGAAGAAAUCUUGCAAAAUUUACCCGAAAAAGUAGAAAUUUGGAAUCAAACAGACUCCCUUACGAUGAUGACAUGCAUUGAAUAUGUCACAGAAUGUACAAGAGUGCACUUUAAGAUUCUUGUAAGUCAAAGUGCCUCAGGGUUUGUAUGGGAAAAACUCUUCCUUUAUAACAGAAACAUUCAGACAUGGCUGGUGAAGAUGGUGAACUUUCUAACUUCUCCAGACACCUCACACCCAGUGGUCAGAGUUCUGCUGCAACAAGUAACAGAUUUCUUUGGUGAAUAUGGAAUUCGGGAAUUGGAAGGUCUUGAAUCUCUUAAAAGAUUUCUUCCCACCAUUAAAAAACAUGAAGAGAUAUUAAAUAUUCAAAGUGUAAAAGACCAGUUGUCUCAGAUGAAAACUUAUGCAACACUUGAGGACCCCCUAACAGAAGCAGCACAACAGAUAUGUAAUAACAAAGUUCGCUGUUCACUCCUGAAACUUAAGGACAUUGUUGGAAAAACAGGAGAGCAAUACCAUCAGAGCCUGGUGACUCUCCUCUUCUACAAAUACAUUAGAAAAGGUGACGUUUUGCUGAAAAUGACUGACUGGGAAGUGAUUAUAGAUAAAGUUAAUGAAUUAGAGCACCAUUUUAAUAAUCUGAAGAGCAUGGACAAAGAUGAAGGGGAGGCCUUUGUGAUCUUAAUGGCUCUUAAAAAGGCAGAAAGAUUACUAAAUACUAAAGAACAAGAGGCCAUAGAGCUUAUAAACAUUAUUAAGGAUGAAAUGGGAUCCAAUUUAUGUCCUGAAAUUCAGGAAAUUCUGAAUCAAGGUGGAGAACCAAAGUUAAACCUACAGCAGAUGAGAGACAAACUGAAUUCAAUCAUAAACAAAUGUAUUAAAGACAAGGAAAUGCAGCAAAAAAAUAUUAAUAAGAUUAAACCAUUGGCAUGCAAAAGUCCCAACUCCACAGUGCAAUUUCAACAAUUGGAGAGCCAGCCAUUGAAUACAAAUGAAAUUAUUGAAUUACUUGGGCUUGAUAAAUUCUGCAAGGUGAAACAAACUGUAAGACAAAUUAAGAAGUUCCACAAUUUAGAAUUUCUUUAUAGCAGUCCACCAGAACUUGUCAACGUACCCGGGUACUUCAUUGGAAGGCUGAUGAUGUUGCAUUCAAACACCAUGAACCUAAAGUGCCUAAAACCACAAACACAUCCUGAGGUAACAGAAAAGGAAUCGGUGACAGAAGAUGAGAAUGAUGACUGGUUUGGUGACACAAACGACAACAAGCUCAAUGUGAAUCCUCUUGACGUAGUUGUAGCUGUGUUUAUGUGCUCAGAUCUCUUUGUUCAACAAGAACUUGCGGUGAAAAUGUCUCUUUGCCAGUAUGCAAUCCCAUUACUUUUGCCAACCACAAAUAAAACUAAUACCUUCCUCCUUUGGGCAGUGAGUGCUGUCCAGAAGAAAUGGAAAAGAAAGUCCACAGAGAAAGAAAGUUGUGUUACUGACAAGAGACUUGCAACAUAUCCAAUGGCCCAUGUCACAUUUAUCCGACUGGGAGAUCUUCAGCGUUCAAAGUCGGCCUUCCUUAAUGCUCUUCUUGGUUCCUCUGAAUUCCAGAGCAAUAUUUUCAUCCACUCAGACAUGGAGUGUGGAGAUAUUCAACGGAAAAUUUCCAGCGGCCUCAUUGAGCUCACUUGGCACUUGCCACUUGAAAAGGAACAGCUUGAUGUUUUCAGUACACCAUGUUGUAUAUUAAAUCUGCGGGGAGACGCAAAGUUAUUCUCCAAACAUGUUGCAUUUCUUACUGAAGUUUCUUCAGUAAUUUGUCUUUUUGUAGACAACAUUGGUGAUGAAGAGGAGAAACUGAUCAGUGCUCUUCAAAGAUUAAAAGGAAAAGUGUUCCUACUGGUAAAUCCAAGAAACAGCAAUCUGCAGGAAAAUGGCAGAAGACUGAGCCGCUUGAAAUCCACCCUGAAUAUUACAAAGGAUCAGGUUUUGAUUCGUACCAAGAAAAAUGAUAGUGAAUUCAUAUCAGUGGUCCGCUCAGCAAUAUCUAAUGUCCUGACUUCAGAACCACGUACAAUGUCUUUGGAAAAAAUGGCAGAGGAUGCUAAAAGGUUUGGAUUUAACAUCGAUGAAGACUAUGCGCCAUGCCAGACUGGAAAGGAAAAAGCAAAUGUUGUUCUUAGAAACCUAAAACAGAGAACCUGUGAUGAAUUCCAACAGAAAAAGAGCCCAAAUGAAGGUGAUGAAGCAGAAGAUAUCACUUGUGAAUUUAACCAAGAAAGCAUUCCUAAAUUUAAAAAGAAAACUUUUCCAUUCCAAGGUGAAUUCUGGUGUGAGUAUUCUGAAAUAGACAAAGAGAGUUGGCGGUUAAAGAACAUUGGUCAGAAAAUGCCGUGCGAAUACACAAAGGAGUUAAAUCAGAAAAAGAAGAAAAUACGGCAGAAGCAAAUGGAAAAGGACAUUUCAGUUUCUGUUGAGAAAUUUAUUGAGGCGCUUAUGAGCACCAGUGAAGAAAGGCUCUUCUUCUUGCAUUGGAUGAAGAUGUAUUUGGAUUCUCUUUCUGCAGAUGUGUUACCUGAGAUUCAAAGACAGCUCAUGAAUUGUAAAGAUGAAAACAGAAAGAAGGCACUGCUAGAGAAGUUCUCCAACAGCUCAGUGGGACUGAAGCACUUUCUGCGUGAAAUUGGACAAAUUUACGAGGCUUUUGUAGCAACUGAAACCAAGCUGAAAUCAGACUUGUCGAGUUUACCCAGUGUGGCUGCGGAGAUUCUGCUCGAUGGUGUCCCAAUUGAGCUCAUUGAUGGCAAUGUCUCCGAUAUUCCACUGAGGUGGGUGUCAGACAUUUUAGCUGAAGUUCAGAACAAAACUCACCCAGACACUCGCAUAUAUGUGCUGUCAGUACUGGGGGUACAAAGCUCAGGGAAAUCCACCCUCCUCAACACCCUGUUUGGGCUGCAGUUUGCAGCCGGCACCGGAAGGUGCACACGGGGGGCCUUCAUGCAGCUCAUUCACUUGGAUGACAAUGUUAAAGAAGAACUGGGAUGUGAUUACAUUUUGGUGAUUGACACAGAGGGGCUGAGAGCCCCAGAGUUACUAAACUCAAAAAACAUCUAUGAGCAGGACAACGAGAUGGCAACACUCAUCAUUGGGUUAAGUGACAUCAUAUUAGUGACGCUGAGCUCUGAGAACAUUACAGAGAUGCAGGACAUUCUGCAGAUAGUCGUCCAUGCGAUGAUAAGAAUGAAGGAAACUGGAAAGAAGCCCAACAUUUAUUUUAUUCACAACAAUGUCUCCGACGUCUCUGCAGAUGUCAAGAACAUGUCUGGUAACAGAAAGCUUCUGGAGCAACUUGACAUUGUCACAAGGGCCGCAGCAAAACAGGAAAAUAAAGAAAAAACCUACUCCAGAUUUAGUGACGUGAUUCAGUACGAUCCGAGUAAAAUAAAUAUAUACAUACCUGGACUAUGGCGUGGCAUCCCACCGAUGGCAGCUGUCAGUAAUGGCUACAGUAAGAAAAUCUAUGAGUUGAAAACUGAACUUCUAGAGUGUAUGAAGAAGAAAAAGGUAGCCUACAGACCAAUGAGUAUAACAAACUACAUCAGGUCCAUGGUAGACCUGUCCAAUGCUGUCAAGUCAGAAGACUUCAUAUUCAGUUUUCAGAACAGCCUGGCAGCAGAAGCAUUUGCUAAACUCUCCAACCAGUGCAACAACUGGAAAUGGGAAAUCCAGCAGAGCUUCAUGGAGUGGAGAGAAGGAGCAGAGAUGAGAAAUAAAAGCUGUGAAGAGCCGGACUCUCUAGAGUCACAAUUAUCAAAAGAGGCUGGAGACCUGGCCAAGGAGAAGGAGGAACUGUACCUGAAAAAACUGACUGAUUAUUAUAAAUGUGAUGUGGAAAACAAACAAUACAUAGAAAGAGACAAACAAUACUUUGAAGUAAAUAUCAAAGGGCUCUGUCAGCAGUAUAGGGACACUGCACUUAUGGGGUGCAAAACGUUAAUGAAAAACUGCAGGAGAGUUAAUACGAUAAUGAAAAGAUAUAAAGAAAAGAUCAAGGAAAGGUUUAACAAUCUCGUGAAGGAAUGCAAAGAAGGGAAAAGCAAAGUUUUGGAGGCAGAACUUCAUAAAGAAUUUGAGAAGAUGUGGAAGGAAACUUUGGGGUCAUUGGAGAGACUUGUGAUUGAAGUGGACAUCAGAUAUGAUAUGGAAGUGAGCCUCCUGCAGUCAGACCCUACCAGGAGCAAAGAUAUCAAAGAAAAGCUGCGACGCAGAGGACUUCAUGAGUGGGGAAACAAAGAGUUUAUAGCUGAUGAUGAACCUCCAAAAGAUGAAAAUGAUUCUAAACGCCAAUGGAAUUUAUUAAAGCCAAUGAAUGGAAUAACAAGAAUGGCUGGAGGAAUCAAAGAGUACACCAAAUCAGUAUUUAACAGAGGAGCUCACGAAACUCAAAGGACAGCAGACAUGGUAAUAAGCACAUGUGUAAAGUAUAUUAAUACACUUGUGAACAGAGAUGCAGAUUAUGAUCCAAGCUUAUGCAUGGGAGUAAUCAAAGAAAUAGAAAGACAGAUGAAGACACUGGGGGAUGAGAAAAGGGAGAUGAUUGAUCAUCUGCAGGUGGACAUCAAACUUCACGUCUGUGGCUCAGCAGUCCAAAGAUUCCAGGAAAUGCAUCGCCGAUUUAUCAGUAAAAUUGAUCCACUGAGUAGACUGGAGGAGAGGAAGCAAAUUUACUGGGAGAUGUUCAGUGACCUGUACCAUGAAAGAGAUGAGAGCCAAAGGGCAGCAAAGAUGUUUUGUGACUUCUGUUUAAAAGAGUCGCUCAUUAGAGGAAUUGAGAGUCAAUUAUCAAAGAGAAUCGUCAGUGACAUGAGAGAGACGUGGGCCCCUCUGAAGCUUAGAAACAUCCCCAACUUCCAGUUAGCUCUGCUCAUCAGUUUACACGAAUCGGAGAGCUUUAAAGACUACAAGGAGUACAUCACAGAUUAUGAUGGCUAUGCACAGAGAUGGCUCUUCAAAGAGGUGGUGGAAUAUUGUAAAACUAUGGUGGACUGCAAAAUGAGAUUACAUUCAAUGGAGGAGGAAAUUAUGUGCAACAUGAUGGGAAAAGUGAAGGAAACGUUAAAAGAUGUAAAAGAAAGUCAAAUCAAAACAGCUGAAGAUUUUCUAACACAUUUUAUAAAAGCAAUUAAAAAGAGGCAGGUAUGGAUUAUUAAAGAAAACUUGGAUGUGAUUAAUUUAAAAAAUGUUAAGCAGUUUGAAGUGGAGCUGUCAGAGGCAAUUAAUGAAUUAGAAAAGGAGCUAAAAAAUCAAAUAACUCGUUCUGAUGUUGAAGGUAAAUUGAACAAUCUGUCCAGUCCACCUCAUGAGCAGCUGUUUGAAUUGCUAAAAGGCUGUGGAGAGAAAUGUCCAUACUGUGGGACUCCUUGUGAGCUCGACGGGCAAAAUCACCAGCACUACUCAAGAUACCACUGGGCAUUCGGCGUCAGCAAUGCUUCACCACAUUACCUGAAAUCUAAAUCAGUAAUUAGAAACAUGUUGUGGGUUUUUGACCAGAGAACAAUGAACUGUGUGUGCCAAAAUUAUCAAGCCAGACGACACAACACAGAAAUAAACUACUGGGGUGAACUUUACAAAGAUGACACCUCACUUUACUGGCAGUUUGUUCUCAAUAAGUAUAAGGAGGAUUUUGCAACAUUUUACAAGACCAAACCUGUUCGAUUCAUAGGAACAUUUAUUGUAAACUGGGAAGAUGUGAAGGGCGACCUAGAAAACAAAUACAAAAUCAGUCUUGAAGAUCUCAGGGUGAAGCACAGAAUGGAAUUACUGUAAUGUCUUAACUGCAGACCAGAUUGAUAAAGGUAGUAACAUCAGUCAAAGUAUGUUUACAAGAUAAAAGGAAAUAGUUCACCAAAUACCAUCAGAUAUAAAAUGAGUUUACGUAUACUCUUAAAUAUCACAUUCUAAACAGAGAGGCCACAAAAUCUGGGAAUUCAGCUUCAGACAUAUGAGAAAGCCAUUUAUUACUAAAUAAAAUAAUGUGAAGUCCUAUAAAAAGGCUGACUCUUAACACAUUGCUAAUCCUCUUUUUAUUCUUUAUGUAACUUCUAUUUUCUGUAAUAUUGCACAUUUUGGAAUGAAUGCUUUUUAUAGAUUCUGUUCUGGGCUCAAUGCUGGCUGUAUGUCAAAACUUUAAAAUACAAGGAAACAUCUGCUGUUAGAUAACAACGACAAGGUCCAACGUCAAGUGUCCCACUCCAAGACGUCUUCAUGUCAGCCUUUCCUAACUCUUGGGUUUAAACUUCACUACUAAAAGAACUUUAGGCCAAUGAGUCAGCAGUCUUGGGAUAAUGAGAGUGUGAGCACCAUGCACAUACUCAUCAUGUGUUAUCACUUUACGCACAGUCUGAUGAUACUGUGAUUCUAAUCUUUAAAUCUCCCCAAUGUCUUAGGCAUUGCCUGGUCCAUUCUUCCCUAUCAUUAACCUGUUUAUGAUCCUGACCAGCUUUUUGUGAUGCUAGGCAAAUUAAAUCAUGUGGUAGUCAUAUAAUGGAAGAAUGGAGAGAUGAAAUGGGGGUUUGAGUUUGAGGCAAUCUUUGGUUCUACUAUAAUAUUUAGUUUUAAGUGAUCUAUUUAAUAUUGUAUCUUUGCCUUUCUUAGUAUAUUUUUGCUCUGUUUAGUUGAACAAAUUGAGUUUUGACCUGCUGCUUCAUUUUAAUUAAUCUAUUUGCCUAUGGAAAAUAAAUACAUUUAGUUACCCACCA